CAGUUCAGUGGGGUAAAGGUUGCGGGGACCUUUAUAUACACUGCGCACAGCAACACACUAAACCUCACCACUCACUAAUGGUAUUUCUUCUGCUGUGCGUGGAUGCAAUAAGCUACUACAGUCAACCCAUCCUGAAGAAGGGAGGAAACAUGGAUAACAAUUUGUCAGAGUCUCUGCCAGAGAGGACCUUCCAGUACCAAAGCAGCCUGCCAUCCCUGCCUGUCCCAUUACUAGAGACGAGCCUUUCGAAGUACCUGGAUGCAGUUCAUCUAUUUGCAUCUGAGGAAGAGUUUAAGGCUACAGCAGACAUUGUGAGCAAAUUUCAAGCAGGUGUUGGCAAAGAACUGCACCAGAAACUACUGCAGAGAGCCAGGACGAAGAGGAACUGGCUGGAAGAAUGGUGGUUAGACGCUGCGUAUCUGGAGGUUCGCAUUCCUUCUCAGCUGAAUGUGAACUUUGCCGGUCCGGCGCCCUACCUGGAGCACUGCUGGCCUCCUGAAGAGGGAACUCAACUGCAGAGGGCCAGUAUUACCAUAUGGCAUACACUACAGUACUGGAACCUAAUCCGCAAGGAGAGGCUGCAUCCUCAGAAAGCUGGCAAAAUACCAUUAGAUAUGGACCAGUUCAGAAUGCUGUUCUGCACCUGCAAAGUACCUGGAGUAAAGAAGGACACCAUUCGUAACUACUUCAAGACCGAGAGUGAGGGUCCGUGCCCCUCCCAUUUGGUAGUGAUUUGUCACGGACGGAUCUUCACAUUUGAUGCAGUCUGUGAUGGACAAAUUCUCACUCCUCCAGAACUACUCAGGCAGCUGAGCUAUGUGAAAGAGUGCUGUGAGGGAGAACCAGAGGGAGACGGAGUGGCUGCUCUCACCUCAGAGGAGAGGACUCGUUGGGCACAGGCCAGGGAAUAUCUAAUAAACAUUGAUCCACACAAUAACACCAUCCUGGAGAUCAUCCAGAGCAGCCUGUUUGUCAUAUCUCUGGAUGAAACAAAACCCUACUCCACUCCAGAGAACUACACAAAUUUGACCCUGGAAGCCCUUACAGGCAACCCCACCAUCCGCUGGGGUGACAAAUCGUACAAUUCACUCGUGUUUGCAGAUGGCACUUUUGGAUCCACUUGUGACCAUGCACCAUAUGAUGCCAUGGUUCUGGUGUCUAUGUGUUGGUAUCUGGACCAGCAAAUCAAAGUUACAACAGGCAAAUGGAAGGGCUCAGACACAGUCAGAGCCGUACCCCGUCCUGAGGAGCUGGUGUUUACUGUUGACGAAAAAGUCCAAAGUGACAUCAGCCACGCCAAACGGCAAUACCUUGAGUCGGCACAGGACCUGCAGGUUGUGUGUUAUGCCUUCACAGCAUUUGGAAAAGCAGCCAUCAAACAGAAGAAGCUGCAUCCAGACACCUUUGUUCAACUAGCAAUGCAGUUGGCCUACCAGAAAAUGUACAAGAGGCCAGGAAGUUGUUAUGAGACAGCAAUGACUCGCAAGUUCUAUCACGGCAGGACGGAGACGAUGCGCCCCUGCACCCAGGAGGCUGUGAACUGGUAUAAAGCCAUGGUGGACCCCACGUGUGAUGCUGAUGCCAAGAGGAAAGCCAUGCUGCUGGCCUUCAAUAAACACAACAAACUGAUGGGUGAAGCCCAGGAAGGAAAAGGUUUUGACAGGCAUCUUCUUGGGCUGUAUCUUAUCGCCAAAGAGGAAGGACUUCCCACUCCAGAUCUCUUCAUGGACCCCCUUUAUGCAAAGAGUGGUGGUGGUGGGAACUUUGUGCUGUCUUCCAGUCUGGUGGGCUACACUACAGUUCUGGGGGCCGUGGCUCCCAUGGUGCAUCAUGGCUAUGGCUUUUUCUAUCGCAUCAGAGAUGACAGGAUUGUGAUGUCCAUCUCCGCAUGGAAAUCUUGCCAUGAGACAGAUGCUGCGUCACUGUUCAACAUCUUCUGUAGCUCCCUGCAUGAGAUGCUCCACCUGGCUACCACAUCUCAGCUAUAAGUACUCACACCAACACAUUAAUACACACAAAGUUCACAAACCCUCCGUUGAUAGCCGACGGCUAGCAAUAGUUAUGUUUGUUCUGAGCACAGAUCAAUGCAAAGGUACAGAAGCCGCACUGCUGGGUGUUAGCCCCUGGCAUUGGCAUUAAAAAGUCUAUCAACAUUAUUGUAGUGAUAAGACUUUUAGUGUAGAUUGUUAUUUUCUGAGUAUAUCAUUUUCUGAUUCAUGUGGAAAUUAUAUUGAAUGUUUAAUUUUAAAUCCUGCCAGUAUUAAUGCACAUUAAUUUAAAGAUAAGCUGAUGCUAAGGCUCAAGACCUUUUUUUUUCCGUUUGUCCCCCAGACAAACGGACACUGAUUAUUCUGAGGUGUGCAAUUGAAGAAAAUAACUUCUGGCUGCUUUGACUGUUGAACUUAGAUUUUUCUGUAAUACUAAAGGGCAUUCCAAUGAAACUCGUAGAAAAAGAAAAAGGUAAAUAGGAUUGAUUGGCCUUUGUUUUAUGUUUUAGAUUAGUGAAAAUCUACAGAAAUAUCCAACAACAGUACUCAAUUAUUACAUUGGAAUGAAAUUGAAAAAUAGUUUUCCUAAGAAAUCAGAAAAAUUUGUUAUUGGUUGUUUUUCACGUUUGCCUUUUAUAUGAUAAAAAUUAUGCUCAACAAAAAGUACAAAAAGUAAUUAAAGUUUUGAUAGUGAUAGUAGGCAGGCACUAAAAAUAGGUAUAGGUUAGACGUUCCUUACAUUACUCUUUGACUCUAAAAGUUUAUUUGAACACGG